AUGAGAGUUGAACCCGCAACGAUAAAGCGGACCCACCUACCCUCCAUUCUUAGACCCUCUAAACCCAAAACCCUAAUCUUUCUCCUCCCAAUCCCUAGCUCUCUCUUCCCCACCGGCUACCACAGCUUUUCACUCUCUCUCUUGGAAACCAACGGACACCCCAACCAUUUCAAACAAAUCCUUUCUCAUGCCAUCACUUCAGGCCUCUUCACAGACCCCUCUGUGUCCAGCAAACUCCUCCACCACUCUCUUUCUAGUUCCAAUAUUACUCUCGCCUUCUCUCACACACUCUUCUUCCAAAUCCAAAACCCCAAUACAUUUGCCUGGGGUUUUAUCCUGCGAGCCUACUCUCGUAGCUCGGUUCCAGAAGAAGCAAUCGGUAUAUACAAUCUGAUGCGGCGAAAAAACAUUGUCCCGGGUGAUUAUACUUUCCCUUUUGUCCUCAAAGCUAGUGGGCGACUAUUUUGUCUGGUGAAAGGCCAAGAAAUUCAUUGUUUGAGUGUGAAAUUGGGGCUUGAAUUCGAUGUCUUCGUGCAGAAUGCGCUAAUUUCAAUGUAUUUUCAAUGUAGAGUUAAUGAGUUUGCAAGAAAAGUUUUUGAUUUGGUUCCAGGUUGGGUUCGGGAUGUGGUAACUUGGAAUAGUAUGAUUUCUGGGUAUUUACACAAUGAUUCUUGCGAAAAAGCAUUGAAGCUGUUUGGGGAAUUGUUGGGUGAUAUCAAUGUGAGCCCUGAUGAGGUGACUUUGGUGAGUGCUCUAACGGCGUGUGCAAGGAUUGGAUUGCUUGAUUUGGGAAGAAAAAUGCACGGGUUAAGUGUGGUUAGUGCUUUUGUAGAUGUGUUUUUGGGUUCCUCUUUGAUUGAUAUGUACACUAAAUGUGGGCGAUUAGAGAAUGCUCAAGAGGUGUUUGAUAGAAUUGCCGAUAGAAAUAUUUAUUGUUGGACUUCACUGAUAGCUGGUUAUGUGCAGUCGAAUUUAUUUAAGGAAGCAAUAGAGUUGUUUAGGGACAUGCAAGUUGUUGGGGUUCAAGCAGAUCCUGCUACGGUUGCUUGCGUUGUUACUGCAUGUGGGCAUUUGGGAGCAUUGGAUCAUGGUAGGUGGGUGCAUGGCUAUAGUGAAAGGAAUGGCAUCGAGCUGAACCUUACAGUAAAAAGUGCUUUGAUUGACAUGUAUUCUAAAUGUGGGGAUAUUGAAAAGGCUCUCGAAAUUUUUCAUGGGUUGAUGAGUAGAGAUGUUUAUGCGUGGAGUGUGAUGAUUUCUGGGCUUGCUAUGAAUGGGCAGUCUGACAAAGCAUUACAAUUGUUUUCACAAAUGGAAACCUCUGGCAAUGUUAUGCCAAAUGAAGUCACCUUUCUCGGGGUCCUAUCUGCCUGCAGUCAUGGAGGAUUGGUGGAUGAGGGAUUUUACUAUUUGGAAGCAAUGGCGAAACACUAUAAUCUUACCCCUCACAUUGAACACUAUGGGUGUAUGGUUGAUCUCCUUGGUCGUGCGAACCUUUUGGUUGAGGCUGAGAAGUUUAUAAGGUCACUGCCCAUUGAACCUGACGUUAGAAUGUGGAUGUCCCUGCUUUUUGCUUGUAGAAGCCAUGGGAAUUUAGAAAUGGCAGAAUUUGUUGCUAACAAAAUUGAAGAAUCAGAACGGGAAAGGGGUGGGGCACAUGUUCUAUUGUCCAAUAUUUAUGCUUCUGCCUCAAGGUGGAGCGAUGCGAAGAGGGUACGAACAAGUAUGACUGUUCAGGGUGUCCAAAAGCAGCCUGGUUGCUCUUUUAUUGAAGUAGAUGGCAUGGUUCACGAAUUCUUGGUUUCUGACAAUUCUUAUUGUCAGAUAGAUGCCAUGUGUGAGGCGAUUUUAGGAAUAAAUAGAAUCCUUCGAUCUGAAGUAUUCGACCCUGAUAUAUUCAAUCACAUUGAUUUGAUUUGAACUAUGGCUAAUUUGGCACAAACUGUUGAACUCUGAACAGAACGAUGUGACAGUAUUAUUUGCUGCUGUUAAUAUCACAUCAAUUUUUUUCUUAUAGGUAGAUCAAACUGGAACAUCAUCUUCCAAAGAAAGUUUAUGAUCAGCAAACUGGAAAAGGAUCCCAGAGGUCUAUAAUUCAAAGAUAUGUCAAUUGGAAGCCCUAUAUCAGGGACAAGAGGUGAAGUUUGAUAGCAGCGUGGAUGCCGAGAAUGAGGCAAAUAUGGCCAGCAUCACACUGAUAAGUUACCGGCAUGGGUGGAGUUUCUGACGUCGAAUGAUAGCAUAUGCUGCCAACUCUCUUAACUGUUGCAUGUCAAGGACAACCCAGGCCAGUUUCCAAGUACACUGCGUCAUUGUUUCCUCUGAAGUUGGAGUGGUUUCCCAAAGCAAUCACAAUCUUCCUGAUUCCUUCACACCAUCAUUCACUUCCAUCUGCAGAUAAUACUUACAGGUACACGUUCACUUCCUUUGUUAUUUAGUACUUGUCAUUUAUCAGAAAAUUUCAUGCUCCACUCUCUAGAUUCUAGACAAUAACUGGGAACAGGAUUUUAGAAUUGCAGUCAAAAGGCUCAACAAAUAACUAUGGGGAAUACGCAUCCAUGUUGGUCUUCGGCACAUCCACCACUGAAUUACUACUAGGUACGUUCUGCAGACUGCUGAGCUUCACCUUUCACCCAACACCACGCGAUUUCAUUCCUAAGCUUUGCCUUCCUCAACUAACAUGUUUUAGCUUAAUAUUUGCUUUCUGAGCUAACACGUUUUAGGGUGCCAAAUUGAAAAUGAUAGGAGAAAUAGAUAAAUCACCAGCUCAUCUUUAAGC